GAAUUUCUUAAUCUGCUAGAAUCCGAUGCGAAUUAUCGCAUGUCAAGAGGAAGCAAAAGUGUCAAAGGAGCCAUAGUGCAAUACUACCGUUGUAAUAGAGUUUACUCCAGAUCGAAAUAUUUUGAUGACCGUCGUGACAGCGCUGAGGAUUGCUCUUAUAAUGAUCAGGAGUUUAGUGAAUUUUCUCCGGAUUUGAAUAUAAAGGAGACGAACACUAAACCAUGUCUUCGUACUGAAGAAGCAUAUCACGUGGUCCGCAUUCCUGCUUUGAUUCGUAGCCGUAUUCAUGAAAUGAGUGCGAAGAAACUACCUACGCCUGUAAUCAUUAUGGUGCUUCAAGUUUGUGCUGUCACUUUAGAGGAAUGCCAUAGAUUUUGCACUAAUGGAUCAGCGCUUGAACAGCGAAUUUUGUCAAUAACACCUGGUGAGGUCAGUGCCAUUGCUAAUUCUUCAAUUGGUCAAGAGAAUCCAACCCAAGAAUGUGCUCUGAGUGAGCUGGAACUAGCUGUGCUGGAGCAGUAUGAGCGCAAUCGGAGUGGUGUCCUAAGCCAAUUUCAACUUGCAAGACGAGAAGAAAACAGAAAACGGUAA